AUGCAGAUCAGUGACAUCUCUGUCACCAGGACGCUGGUUGAAAACGAUCUUGUGUCUCCUGCACAGUUCAGCUUGCUCGUGGAAAACUCUCUCAUUGAUGCCAUCGACCGGAUGCCGCGUGUGCCAACGGCGCUGAUCGGUCCUGGUUACAGCUCGGAGGCGAUAGCGCUGAGUCCUUACCUGGACCAGCGCGACCUGCUGAGCGUGGUGGUCAGCACGACCAGUCCCGUGCUCUCGAACCGAACAACCUUCCCAGACCUCGUGAAGAUUUGCCCACCAGACUCCUACCAAGGCCUGGCGCUAGCGGACUUGGUGAAGUCACUGGAGUUGACGUCUUGUCAAAUCAUCACUUGCUCCAGCGUAUACUGCUCUGGUCUCUCUUCCAAGUUUGCCCAGCACGCCAAGGCGAUGGACAUUGCCUACACCAUGCACCUGUGGUACAUGUCAGACCUAAGUGGGGUGAAAGCCAAUCUGAGCAAGGCUGUUGCCAGUUGUGUGGCUUCGAAGACUUUCGUCUUGUUGAUGACGGAUGUGGAAGCAACCAAUGUCUUCCUAGCAGCCCAGGAGCUCAACGUGUUGCACAAGAUUAUCUGGAUAGGAGGGGAGGGGGUAAGCAGUCUGCUUCCCAAGGACCUUCCUCCGAAUUACAUAGGGUUGAAGAUGUCUUCGAAUCACAGCAGUCCCAAAAUGCAGGAGCUGAAGUCAUUGUGGGCGCAGGGUCCCAUCCAUCUUUCGAACUCUGCGUUUGGAAAUGUGAGCAUUCCUAGUGCGGACAUGUGGGAGAGCUACUCGUAUAUUCCACUAGCAUAUGAUGCAGUUUUUGCGCUAGCAUAUGCUUUUCAAACGUUGAUUGAGCGGAAUCAAUCAGUUGACAACACAACUGCACUCAAGGAGGCAUUCCUGGAAGUACAAUUUUACGGGGUGUCGGGAUAUGUCGCUUUCAACAGUGAUCUCGGUCCGAAAGAUGCUCGGUAUAAUAUAGAGCAGAAGAUCAGCAACAACACUCUGAUCAACAUUGGGUCCUGGACAAGUCAUGGGGGGUUGACUUUCCAUAGCAGCGAACCUGCGUUAGAGGACGGAGCUGUUGGAGUUUGUCAAAAGAUCGUGUUGGGAGGGAUGUUUGUUGUCAGCUGGAACAAGGGAUAUGCUGAUGCUCAAGCAGCGGCGGCUGCAAAGGUCGCAGCGAUGAUGAUCAAUGAGGACAAAACUCUCUUGUCAGGGAUCGACUUUCAGCUGGAUAUCGGAGACACUUCUGCAGUGCGAGCGAUUGCUCAGAACGGGUUCCUUUCUGGCAGCAGCUUCCAGUCAGUGCGGCAGAAUGCAAUGUCUACGAUAGUGAAGAAUCUGUCAGUCAACGGUGCAACGGCCGUCGUUGGUCCCGGCUUCAGCUCGGAAACCAUCCUCACCCUCACUGCCAUGAAGAAUCUUCAACUUGACAUGUUCGACAUCAGCUACAGCUCUACAAGUGAUGUGCUUUCCAACAUCACCCGGUUCCCCAACUUUGCACGUACCUGCCCCUCCGACAAUCUGCAAGGACAGGCCAUUGCAGACGUUCUGGCGCAUUUCAAAUGGCAAAGGUGUCAACUGAUUGGAUGCCAAGAUGUCUAUUGCACUGGACUUGCAGAGAGAUUCCUGCAGAGAAGUCAGGAACUUGGCAUUGUGGUGGAGCAGACGUUCUUCUGGGAGUUUGGAAAUCCCUCGGGAACCAAGAGCUUGCUGAAGACGAUGUACGACAACUGCAGCAACACGCGCCUCUACAUCUUGGCGAUGCACAACACCGACGCACUCGAGCUCUUCGAUGCUGCGAAAGCCAUCGGUGCUUCUGGGAAGAUCAUUUGGCUGGGCAGUGAGUCCGUCACUUCCCUUGCAUCGGGCUUGCCUGUGGGGUACAUCGGCAUGAAGGUUGGUUUCAACGAAACCAAUCCUCAGUUCGCGCGGAUGAAGAAUUUCUGGGGAAGAUUAGACCCGAACGAGUAUCCGGGUCUGACGAAUGUGUUCACGAACCCAUACCUGGUGCUUUCCUAUGAUGCCACGUAUGCGGUGGCACGUGCGUUUGACGCAAUGAUCAAGAAAGGGUUGUCCGUCUUCAAUGUGCCCGCCAUCGUAGAAACUUUUCGCAGCCUGCGGUUCGAGGGAGCUUCAGGACUGAUCACCUUCAAUAGGGAGCUGGACCCGUCGGAUGCAAAGUAUGAUCUGGUCAACACAAACGAAAACGGCACUAUUUCCGUCGCGCAAUGGGAGGCAGGAACCAUCACAUAUCUAGUGCAGCGGGAAGUUUCGCAACAGACCUGGCUCAACGUCGCCUUAACCUGGCCUGGAGGGAACGGCCCGAACAUUGAAAAGAGCUGUCCCAGCAUUUCUACCAGCAAUUCCCAGACGGUGCUAGCCAUCGUACUCUCGACUACUUUGAUCUUUGCUUUCUUUUGCGUCGUUGCUUUGUUGAGUUGGUACUACUGUUGCAAGAACACUGAAGUUGAAGAUCAUGACGUGGAGAUCAUAAGGAUGAUCCACCAUAUUCGGCAUCAGCUGAAGCUCACGAGGAGGGAUGGGUUCCUGACGAGCAAGGAGGUGCGGUACCGGAAGUUCGUUCUGACUAGAAGGAGAAUGACGGUCAUUGACUAUCAAUUGUUGGAGCAUCUUGCAAGGCUCGCCCUGGUCAAGGACUUCGAGCUCAAGUACGUGAACGCGAUGUGCAGCUGGCUCAGGAGCUCGGCGAUCUUCCAUCCGCUGGCCGAGACCGAGACUGUCUCGAACCUGUCGUCGUUCGAGCACAGUCACGAUCAUGGAGGCUCGUUGCAGAGUGUCGUGAGUGACGAACAGAUGCGGUAUUACCUGCUGGGAGACUUCGUUGUCGGGUGCUGCGAAGCCAUGCUGAUGCCGGAUGACUCGCCCGAGAAGUCGUCUACUGAGGGUCUGGAUGAUUUUGAAACGAGGUUCGCCUUCUUCCUGGAGAAAGCUACCAAGAUCAACAUCUGGCAUGAUGACGAGCUGAACUUGUUUCCCAAGUUGAAGGCUGCGGUAUCAAAGCACAUGGCCAUGCUGGGGCAGCACUGCCAGACGAGGUUCCAGAACAUGCAGAAGGAAGCGGCAGGAGAAAAGCUCGUCGUCUUUCAGGACUCGCACGACCCGCCCAGGAGAUACUCGCCGUACAAGCAAUCAGACGAUGAGGUUUGUAUGAGCUCGUGCGCAGCAGGAGUGACUCUGACGCUCGUGGGCUUGCAGGUUGGGGCGAUCCGCAUGCACGAAGAGGAUGCCAAGGAAAUGCUGUAUCAGGAAGAGAACAAAAUGAUCCAGGUUUCGCCCAGCGGGUACAGAGUGCACAACGAAGAUGUGUUCAUAUCGCAGCUCCACCUCAGAGCGAAGCUGAUCAACCACGCCUUUCAGAAGAGGGUCCUCCAGGUCAUCCAGUCGCACGAGGUGGUGGGUCGAACACGCAGCCAUGACAAGGAGCCGACUGUGCACUGGGAGGAGGCGGUCCUGGGCUCCUCAGACCAGAGUACCAUCUGUGUGGACUUCGAUGACGACCACAACGACAUCCUACACCAUUCCAUCACCAUGGACUGCAAAUUCGAAGAAGGGGUGAGACGGGUGGAGGUGUCCUUCGCUCCAGUCAAGUCGCUAGCGAGGAUGAGCCAGAAGCUCUUUAAGUACGCGGACCCUCUCCUGCGCUGCGUCAGGCCCUACAGCGGGUACAUCUUGGACCCGGUCCGGCUCUCAGUGAUCUGCGAGGGGCCCAAGAAGAUCCUCGAGAUCUUCGAGUGGUUCAACAGCCUCGACGAGUCUUCAGGGAUCAAGGUAUGCCGGGUGAAGAACAAGUUCAUCGCCUCGGAGUCGCAGGAGGGCUACCGGGACUUGACCAUCGGCGUCCUGUUCACGACCAACUGCGGCAUGAAGAUCAUCGGGGAGAUACAGCUACACGAUAAGAAGAUUCACCAGAUGAAGAUCAAGGGCGGGGAAGAGGGGCAGAGGCCAGGACACAUGGCGGGAAGGACUGCGUCAGGGAUAGGAAUGGCGGGCGUGAUGGCCGGAGGGGGGGCGGCAGGAGGUAUGGCGCCCAAGACAGGAAUGGCGAAGUGGAUAGACUGCCGAUGGGUGGCGAAUUACCUGGCAGAAGUUUCGAGCAACAACCACGACGAGUUCGAGAAGGUUCUCCCUGAGUUCAUCAAGUCGAUCUUCGGCAUCCCCACGGACCUGGAGGAGAUCAUGCAGAUGGACGAGAAGACCAAGAUCCCUACCCCCCUGCUGGUGUCGAGGCUCAGCCCUGAUCAGGUCGAUCUUGACCUAGAAGCUCUGGUGCUGGCGAUUGUCGAAGGAGCCAAGAUGACGGGGGAGAGGAGGCACGGGACUCCCUCCUCCUCUCGGAAUCAGCAUGGGAAGACUGGAGGACUGUUUCUUGCAGUGAGGAAGCUGCGGCAGUAUUCGCAGUUCAAGUUCCCCAGCAGGUUUCUUCCGGAGAAAUUGAUCCCACGCCAGAACAUGCCAGUGGCGAUUGAAUGCUCGGCGUCUCAGCUCCUCCUCUAUGCCAUCGGCGCGUUUCCCGUGGUAUGCAGACACUUGGACGCGCGAGUCUCCAUGAGCAACCUGAGCAUGCAGACGAGGGGCAGCUCAGACGCAUACCUGAGGGUCCUCCACAAGUACCUGGAGGAGCUGAUGAAGGGUGAUCCGAUCGAGGUCAAGCAGACUCUUGAUGUCCUCUCGGCGUUCUGGCUCGACACCUCGUGCUUCGUGACAGGACAGGGAGGGAGGAUGCCGAGCCUGACGCCCAUGUGUCUGGAGCAUACGACUCGAGACCUCCGACCCAACCGGCGGCACCUCAAGGCCAUCGAGAUGCUCAUCGAGAGAGUGACAGAGAAGGCGAUCUGCUUGGAUCCUCGGAUGGUGGCGCAUCCCUCGCGAGGGUUAAGAUGGGAGCUGCUCGAGCUGCAGCCUCGACUCUAUAAUUUCCUUCGGACGGCGUUUGCGUACCUGCUGAUGAGGGAACGAGGAGGAAACUUCGUCCGGGAUGGGAACAUUCAGCGGGCGGAGGAGAUCAAGAUUUACAUCGGGCUGUGGAUGACAAUCACAGGCGCCAGGAUGCACAGCGAAGAUGAUGAGCUCUACAUCCACGGGAAUCUGCUCUUCUUCUCCGUUAUCCUCGUGGACAUCUUGCGCGUCGUCAAGGCCGCCUUCUUCAAGCAGAGGAACCUCAACGAGCAGCAGCAGCUGAAGCCUGCCCUCCUCCUUGACAUGCUUGAUCGCUUCCUCGACGGCUGCUGGCCGUCCUCCUCAUCCUCCUCGAGUCGAGCGAACCUCGAUAGGAGCGCUGGAAAUCUCAUCCAGGCAAUGUGCUCCCCUGAGGAGAGGAGGAAGAGUGGCCAGUCCAGGCAAGUCGCCUCAACUCGAUGGAAGAUCAUCUCAAGGGCCCGCAAGCUGGCGUCGGAGUACGUGCAUGCUCGCACGCACGGGCAGGUGCUGCCGCUGCUGUCGGAGCAGAAGCAGAUCUGCAUCGACCAUCUUGAGCGAUGCAUCGACUGGCGGCUGCAGGACAUGCAACGUCACCCUCUAGUGCAGGUCUUCGGGAGGGACAUCGAUGACGAUCUAGAGGUGCUUCUCCCUCCCUGCUUCGUCGACAUCGUCUGCCUGCAGGACUUCAACCUCAUCGACUCUCCUCCUCCCCGUUACUCCUCAAGGGAGGCUCCAUCCUCCAUCCUCGUCCAGUGGCAGCAGCUCCUGCAUGAGGUCGACAGCAUGCAGGGCCUCCUCCUCUCCUCGUUGAGCUCGCUGGCAAGGAAGAAGCAAGAGGCAUCGAGCUGGGAUCGGCUGCUGGGCGAGGUGAAGAAGAUGUUUGCGGAGAAGGGCUCGGACGAAGAGGCGCAGCUGAAAGCUCUGCUGGAGAGGCUUGACACUUUCUGGAUCUUCUCUGAGGAUGAGAACGUCUGGGACCAGUAUCCCGUCCGCCGCAAGGACCCCAAGGAGACCAAACUGCUCUCUGCCCAUCCCAGCAAGUUUGUGAUGCGGCAGGAGGUGCCGGAGUGCCUGUGGGACAGGAGGAGGCAGGAGAGGGAGAAGAGGUGCCAGCCUCCGAGGGUUCUGAGGAGAUCAGGAAGGGACUCGUCCGUCCUCUGCGAGGUUGUGCGCCAGAAGCUGCAGGAGCAGAACCUCAAGUCGAGUGAGCGCGAGCAGUUCACCAUCGCUCGCAUGUUCCAGGAUUCCUCGGGCCAGAUGGUGAACAGCAUGGACAAGACUCAGUUCCUCUCGAGGUUCGAUCUCCUCCAUCCUCGCACCCCAGGCGGCCUUCCCAAGUCGGGGCUGAAGCGAUCGAUGCUUGUGCUGCUCCAGUGGAUCUCGAGGCUCGUCAACAAGCGGCUGGGGCUGCCGUGGCAGGUGAAAGCUGCAUGGAUGCUGGACGUGACCGUCACGACCUUUACGGAGGAAGGCUUGUAA